GGUACUGGUUGUUAUUCCGAAGCACUGGACAAGUUGAUUUCUCGGAUCCCGGAUCCGAUAUAAUGAACAUACCCGAUCCAGCUCUCAAUCCUCCACAUAAAAAAGAGUUUUUGCGCUUGAUGGGCGACAGCUGGAAAGCCAAGACUGGGGUGGCAUUUCAAGACAUUUCAAUUUACGACAAUGGGGGAAUCACCCUCCCUUAUACUUCUCACGAGACACCUUUUGUUACCUUAUCGCAAUGGAAUGGUCUUGUUCAGACUCCUAACGCUCCGAUUCCGACAAUCGAGCCUCCUCCCCGUCCCAUCGACUUUAACAAGGUCACCAUCGAAGUCAACGUCGAUUGCGAAUGAUGUCCAAGCGACAUCGCCCCUUUAAGAAGUACCAUGCCGUCCGCACCUGAGGCCGCAUGUUGCUAGCUAGUUUGCAUUCCGAUACACCUGACGUGGUUUUCCCCAAGAUGCACCAGUUUUACCAGGUGGAGAGCAAGGAAUUCGAAUAUUCCACCGACGACAAGAAUAACAAUUACAACAAGUUCGAAAACGGGAAUGUCUAGGAAGAUGCCGUCAACGGCUCCUGCAUGGAAUAGUUUUGACUGAGGAACGCACAAAGGACUCUUAGUUAACCACUAGUGUGGCCGCCAACACAACCACAACCCUCACCUCAGACUGCAAUUGAAUGACUAAAACCCCAAGAUUUCGUCUUCUGACCAUCCCAAGUUCGUCUGAUUAUCCUAACAUCAUCUCACUAUCCCAACAUUAUCCGGACGAGCUCGUAACAGGGUUUCAGAGCUCUUGCCUUAGCUCCUGCAUUUGUCCAUGAUGCUUGAAGGCGGAGAUCGAGUCGGUGUCCUUCAUGGACAUGUGCUGGGAGAUGCGUUUCGCUAGGAACUCCCUACUAUCGCUACUGUACCUGGUUCUAAAUAAGUUGGCCGGAGGAAGAGGAUGGGGCCUUCGAAAGUUGCCCGGUAUCAGGAUAUAUGAAUUUGGACAAGAAUACUCGUCUCUCGUGAAGCAUACAUUGGGACCAAAGUCAGCUAUUGAAGCAGCAACCCUAGCACCGGAGAGCCAUGAGACCAGCCAGUUGACUUCAGACUAGAGGAUUGGUUAUUAGGGAGGGGUGGACAAUAUGACCGGACUGUUUGGAAAUAAGGAGUAGUGGCAUGGAAUGAUUCCAGGCAUUUUCUCUCUAAUUGCCCUUCAGGGGUAUCUCAUAGACUGACAGAGAUGGGAUGCAAUGUGAAUGCCACUUUGGUCUAUCCUAGUAAUUGAUAACCAUUCCUUUCUGAUUAACAAUAGUGCAUGAAGCCUGGCAUGGAGAUAUAUAUUGCCCUGGAUAUUUCAUCGACCAUCAAAAUGCAUGCUGGAAGUUGUGAAUAAAG